AUGCUUAUGUACCCACGUAAGGGUCUCAUCACCGAUCCAUACAACUCAGAAGACAUCAUCAUACAAGACGACCAGUACCCACCUGAUUUCUAUUCCGAGAACGCCUUGCACUACGAUCAAUCUCGUUUGCAAUCACCGUUCCAGUGUCAUCCCGGUGUACAGCUCUCCCCGCCAUCUUCCGCACCUUCUUCACCUGCUUUCUCCUCGCCUACCUUCUCGACAUCUUACCCGCAGACGUCUGACUCUCAGUCUUUCGGGGCUCCUUCGAUGACCCCAGCGCCUUCAUAUAACCCGUCAUACGACAUCCAGGGUUCCAAUUCACCUUCGCACUACUUGCCUCAAUAUCCUCAGCAAUAUUAUACGCCCAUGCUGGUACAACAGCCUAUCGCAAGUAACCAGGGUUGGGAUAGCAACGUACAGUUGUUGAGCCCUGCGCGCAUCCCAUACCCCGGUGUGCAAAAGAGAUCCUCGCCCUCGGCAUCCUCGCGCGCAGCCCCCUCAGGGUUGGCAGCCAACAACUACCACCGCCGCUCCAACAGCGCCAACAAGCCGCUACCCACCCCGGUGCAAACGCCUCUCCAGAACUCAUUCCUUGCGACCCCCUUCCAAAGUUUCGAUCCCUCCUCCCAGGAUGGUCACAAUGCCGAGGCCGAGUCUGCUAUGAGAAAAGCGAUCAUGGACCAGCAGAAGCAAUCACCCCCGCAGCAAAUGCAGAACGACUACUCACUAGCUCCAUCGGUGUCAACAAUAAGCCAUAACUCGCCGGUGACUCCGCAGACUACCCUCGACGAACUCGACGACGCAUCCAAGUCGAUGACCAAUGAAUACAACGGCGCCAAUGGUGCCAUGUCAAUUGGAGUCCCCAAGCUGAACAGAACCAUCUCCGAUAUAUACCAAGACGAAUUAUAUAACCCGACCAUCAUGGCAGCGCCCCAGGCGUCCAAGCCGAUGGGACAAAAUCACCUCAACCCGCGCAAUUUUAUUGUCGAUCGCCUGCAAGCUGCCAACCAGGGACACAUGUCUGCUCGUUCGCAAUCGCCUGCCAACAGACGGGAUCACUCACCUUUCCGUCCCUCUUCCCCAUUCGCUGGUGACAUGAGCAACAAUGCUCUCCAGCAGCCCCAGAUGGCUACCAGCAUCCCCAUGGGACAGAACGCUAUGAACGGCAUGAACGGAAUGAACAUGGACCAGACCUCGAACACUGGAGAUAUCAAGACUAUGUCCCCCAAGGAUGCAGUCUUGGAUUUCCACGACAACGAUGAUGCCAUGCCUUCUCUGUCCCCCCAGGCCAGGCUGAUUUCAACCUGGAUGCAUCGCCCUCAGAAUAAUCUCUUGCCGCAGAGUACCGAUUUCCCUUCUCUCCCAGCAGUGGAAUCUACCGAGAGCUCGUCUCCGAGUCAAAUGAAUAUGCCAAUUACAGAGGGUAUUUCUCGUCCCGCCAACACAUCUUCGGAUGCGGGCACCUACACUUGCACCUAUCACAACUGCACAGACCGCUUCGACUCCCCCUCCAGACUCCAGCGACACAAGCGCGAGGCACACCGACAAACAACACCGGGCGGCCACCUUAUCAGCCGCGACACCUCACUCCGCAACACCCAGGCUGGCCCGCACAAGUGCGAACGCAUCAACCCGUCUACAGGCAAAGCAUGCAAUUCCAUCUUCUCCCGGCCCUACGAUCUUACACGGCACGAGCAUACGAUCCACACCGCCGGGAAGCAGAAGGUGCGCUGUCAUAUCUGUAACGAGGACAAGACCUUCAGCCGAAACGAUGCUCUGACAAGACACAUGCGAGUGGUUCAUCCCGAAAUUGACUGGCCAGGCAAACAGCGCAGGAGGAGAGACUGA